AUGAGUGAGGAAAAGCCAGUCGAAGCUAAUAAUUCUGUUAAAACUACAGAAGCUGUUUCUGUGAAGCAAAAAAGUGCCGAUGACACCACUUCCAAACAGGAAUCUACAAACAAUGUUGAAGCCAACAACACAAACGAAACUGAAAAUAAAAACCAAACUGAAACUGGAGUUGAAAGUAAAGACAAUAUCAAAAAGAUUGAUGAUCAAGAGAGUUCCAAGAAGCGUGGCAGAGGAGGUUCACAGAGAGAUAGGGGAAAUAAAAGACAAAGACCUGAAAGGGCUGAAAAGAUAUUCGAGCCAUGUCCUGUAUUAUUCGAUAAGGAUGGGAACGAAAUUCCAAAAGAACCUAGAAAGCCAAAGAGAAAAGUUGCCAUGAUGAUUGGUUAUUGUGGUACUGGUUAUCAUGGAAUGCAACUAAAUCCACCAAACAAAACCAUCGAAGGCGAGCUUUUUGACGCUUUCAUCAAGGCCGAAGCCAUCUCGAAAGCUAACUCCACCGAUCUUAAAAAGAAUGCUUUCAUGAGAGCAGCCAGAACCGAUAAAGGGGUGCAUGCUGCUGGUAAUGUUGUUUCCUUGAAGAUUAUCUGCGAAGAUGGUGUAAGUGGUGAAGAACUAACCGAGAAGAUCAACUCUUUCUUGCCGGGCCAAAUCAGAGUUUGGGGGAUUGAAAGAACAAACAAGGGGUUUGAUUGCAGAAAAAUGUGUAGUUCCAGAAUCUACGAGUACUUAUUACCAACUUAUUCAUUAUUACCGCCAAAGCCAUCUUCUGUUUUGGGGACAAAGAUUUCUGAAUACAAGGAAAAAUUCCCAGGCGUUUCCAGGGAAGACCCUGAAGGGGAUGAAUGGUGGAAAAAUGUGAACAAAAAGUUGUUGGAAUCAAAUAUCACCCAAGAGGAAAUUGAUAAAACGCAGCGUUACUUGAAGGAGAACAAUGGCGAAACUGAAAACCCAACAGCUGCUGCCGGUGGUGAAGAAUCUCAGCACCUUGUUAGAAAGAUCAAACAAAUUGAAAACACUCUCAGAAGAGACUACAGAAUCAGUAAUGAUCGAUUGGAGUUGUUCAAGGAAGCCAUGAAGACCUAUGAAGGCCACCACAACUUCCACAAUUUCACAAUUGGUAAACCUUUCAAUGACGCCAGUGCUCAGCGUUACAUGAUUUCCACCAAUAUUUCCAAACCAUUUGUCAUUGAAAACACUGAAUGGGUCUCAAUCAAAAUCCAUGGCCAGUCCUUCAUGUUGCACCAAAUCCGUAAGAUGAUUGGUAUGGCCUCGUUGGUUAUUAGAACCAGAUGCCCGCUUGCAAGAAUCAGCGAAGCAUUCAACUCUACCAGAAUCAAUAUUCCUAAAGCCCCAGCUCUCGGAUUAUUGUUGGAGUGUCCGGUUUAUGAAGGCAUUAACCCAAAGUUACAAAAAUUUGGCUACAAUGAGUUGAACUUUAAUAAGUUUGAAGAAAAGAUGCUUGAAUUCAAGAAGAAGUUUAUCUAUGAUAAAAUUUAUGCCGAAGAAAUUAAAGAAAAUUCUUUCCAUGGCUUUUAUGGAUUCAUCGAUAAUUUCAAUGGUGAGCCAAUCUUUGACUUCUUGACUGCUAAGGGUAUCACCCAAAAUCAACCAGCAGAGGAAGUUAAAAUCAAAAAUGACAAGAAUGAUGCUGACAUUGUAGAGUAG